ACAUGGCGACCAUGAAGAAGCUUCUCGCUGGAGAAACCAGCAUCUGAACUCAAUUUGGUUCCACAAAAGCAGCUUGAACUGCGUCUGGAAGUGGAUGUAAAAUAUUUUGUCAAUUGGGAAAUAUACACGGGAAUUGUCCACAGUUUUAAGACGGGGCUGGAUGGUAGCAGGACAGAGCACCAUGGUGGAGCCCAAGCCCAGAGCAUCAGCAGCCCAGCGUCUUGAAGCCCAGGAGACUCUGGGUAUCAGCACCCUGGACCCUGGCCACAGGCCGCCCACCAUGCCCCCCGGACGCCAUGUCACCAUCAAGGUCCGCAUGUUGGAUGACACAGAGGAGGUCUUUGACAUCUCGCAAAGAGCCUCAGGCAAGGUGUUGUUUGACCUGGUGUGUACCCACCUGAACCUCGUUGAGGGAGACUACUUCGGCCUAGAAUACCAACACCACAAGAUGAUGGUUUGGUUAGACCUCCUAAAGCCUAUUGUCAAGCAGCUAAGACGGCCCAAGCACACAGUCCUGAGAUUUGUGGUGAAGUUCUUCCCCCCAGACCACGCCCAGCUACUGGAGGAAUUGACCAAGUACCUCUUCGCCCUGCAGAUCAAGCAUGACCUUGCCUGCGGACGUCUGACAUGCAACGACAGUAGCGCAGCCCUGCUGGUCUCCCAUAUUAUCCAGUCUGAGAUUGGGGACUUUGAGGAGAGCCAGAGUCGGCAGCACCUCCUCAACCACAGCUACAUUCCUGACCAGAUGGCUUUGAUGGACAAGAUCAUGGAGUUUCACUCCAAGAAUGGGGGUCAGACGCCAGCAGAGUCAGACUACCAGCUGCUGGAGGUGGCACGCAGGCUGGAGCUGUAUGGGGUUAGACUACACCCUGCCAAGGACCGCGAGGGCAGCAAGCUGAGCCUGGCCGUGGCACACACUGGUGUCCUGGUCUUUCAGGGGCACACCAAGAUCAAUGCCUUCAACUGGUCCAAAGUGCGCAAAUUAAGCUUCAAGAGAAAGCGAUUUCUCAUCAAGCUCAGACCAGACCUGAACAGCUCAUACCAGGACAGUCUGGAGUUCCUGAUGGGUAGCAGGGACUGCUGUAAAGUCUUCUGGAAGAUCUGUGUGGAAUACCAUGCCUUCUUCCGCCUCUUUGAGGAGCCCAAAGCAAGGCCCAAGCCUGUCCUCUUCACCCGAGGCUCCUCCUUCAGAUUCAGCGGUCGGACACAGAAGCAGGUGAUUGAUUAUGUGAAGGACUCUGAGUUUAAGAAGAUCCCGUUUGAAAGGAAACACAGUAGGGUCCAGCACAGCAGAAGCCGUCCAUCUCCGCUGUCUUCCCCUCACGCCCCUCAAGUGCCAAAAGAAAGUGUGAGCGGUGCUCCAGGAGACAGAGCGGAGGUGGACUCUCCGCCCCACCGUCACUGGAAGGAGUCUGUGAACGCUGAGGACCCGUCAGCCCUGCGGAUCAAAGGCAGCCCUUCCAUCCAUAGGAACGUGGGACACGGCGAGGACAGGCCAGGCCCCGGGGCAGAACCAGGCCCAGCCAGGCAGCCCCACCCAGACCAUCUGAACACAGGGGUGGUGUCCAACAGCCCUCAUCCCUCCGCCUUCUCCGUUAACUCCCAUGGCGUUGUCAACGGUCAGAUGCCGGUCGAACUCUGUGGUCACAGUCCGGACGUUCGGCAGCCCUCUCCCCUCACCAGUCCCUUGCUCAACGACGCUGGCAGUGUGCGCACCGACGAUGAAGAUGAGGUUCGGAGGAAGAGGUUCCCUACCGACAAGGCCUACUUUAUCGCCAAGGAGCUGCUGACCACAGAGAGGACCUAUCUGAAGGACUUGGAGGUGGUGACUGUGUACCGAACCUCCUUCCUCCUGCAGUACCGAACCUCCUUCCUCCUGCAGUACCGAACCUCCUUCCUCCUGCAGUACCGAACCUCCUUCCUCCUGCAGAACCGAACCUCCUUCCUCCUGCAGUACCGAACCUCCUUCCUCCUGCAGUACCGAACCUCCUUCCUCCUGCAGUACCGAACCUCCCCCUCCUGCAGUACCUACCGUACCUCUCCUCUCCUGCAGUACCGAACCUCCUCCCUCCUGCAGUACCGUACCUCUCCUCUCCUGCAGUACCUCCCCUUCUAUCUGAGUCUCCGUGCCGCCAACCUGGGGGGGGGGGGGGGGGUGAAGCUGGAGGAAGGUUGUGGAUUUCAGGGCCUGGGGCUCCAGCAUGUGAGUGGUCUAGUGGGGGACGGGGGUUAUGUUUUGGGGACGGGGGUUAUGUGUACAGAGGCCAGUGGGGGCAGGGGGACGGGGGUUAAGUGUGGGGACAGGGGGGCAGUGGUAGGGGGACAGCUGUAG